AUGUCUUUCAUUGGGACACAACAGAAAUGCAAGGCCUGUGAAAAGACAGUUUAUCCAGUGGAGCUGUUGUCUGCUGAUGGAGUGGAUUAUCACAAAUCUUGCUUCAAAUGCUCUCACUGCAAAGGAACCCUCAAGCUGAGCAAUUACUCGUCAAUGGAAGGUGUUCUCUACUGCAAGCCGCACUUUGAGCAGCUCUUCAAGGAGACAGGCAGUUUCAGCAAGAAUUUUCAGACACCUGUAAAGUCGGCUGAGAAGUUAACUCCAGAGAUGACAAGAUCACCAAGCAAAGCUGCUGGCAUGUUCUCAGGAACACAAGAUAAAUGUGCUACUUGUGGUAAAACAGCUUACCCUCUUGAGAAGGUGACAGUGGAAAACCAAAGCUAUCACAAGUCUUGUUUCAAGUGUUCACAUGGUGGAUGCUCUCUAACUCCAUCAAACUAUGCAGCCCUAGACGGCGUUUUGUACUGUAAACCGCAUUUUUCCCAGCUGUUCAAAGAAAAAGGCAGCUAUAACCAUUUAAUCAAGUCUGCAUCCAUGAAGAGCCCUACAGCUACUGUUCCGGAUUCUUGA